AUUUGUUCUUAACUGACUUGCCUAGUAAAAUAAAGGUAAAAUAAAAAUAAAAUUUUUCAACCUCUUAGCAAAUACAGGGGCAAAUCAUUUCCCAUCAUUAUUAAACAGGCUAAUGGGUCUCCAGUUUUCUAUAUAAAGUAAUUACACCUUGCUUUAAGGAAGCCGGUAACUUCCCUUUUUCUAUUGGUUCUUGGAACAUAGCAAGAAUGAAAGGAAUCAAUUGAUCAUUAAAUGAUUUAUAAAACUCACUUAUUAAACAAUCACUUCCAGGGGACCUAUUGUCCUUAAGGCUUUUAAUACAGUCGUUUAUCUCAAUUUCAGUUAACACAUCACAAAAAUCCCUGAAAAUAUGAUCUAUCUACCUUUAGCAAUGUUUGCUACAUUGUCUAAAAAAAGAUCCAUAAUUGGAAAUUGACUGGGCUGAUGUAUACAUAUUCUGAUAAAACUGGGCAACAUGCUGAGAGAUUUCUUUUGGAUUUUCAUUGGAAAUAUUAUUAAUCAUUAAUUUGCAUCUUUUCGCCUGCCCUUUUUUUUCUAAAUAAAUAUUUGUCUCUCCCUCUUCCUUCCGUCUUCCUCUUGAUCUUACAAACGCUCCCCGGGCCUUUUCCUCGUAGAUACAGUACAGUCUAACUGCAUUUGCAAUGAUGAUAGCUCCAGUAAUUCCUGAUUAGUUAGUUCAGUUUUUUUAGUCCAAUCCAUUAUUCCCUUUAUUAUGACAUUUUCUUUCUCUCUCUUGGCACGAGCAAUUUCUUUCCCCAUUGAAAUAGCCAAAAGCCUUAUAUCAAAUUUCAUUAGCUCCCAAAUGUAUUCACGACACAGGCACAAUUCCAGUGUUUAGCAAUAAUUCCUGCUAUUUCCUUCUUAAAUACUUAAUUCUCGAGUGAAGUCUUGUUCAUUUUCCAGUAACUUUUUUUGUAGACAAACCAUGCGUAUUUAUCUUUAAGAUCCCUUCGUGGUCUGUUAAAAUUGAUGGUUCUAUAGAGACUGUAUCAACCUUGUCAGCCAUAUCUUCAGUUAUCAGCCAGAAAUAAAUACGGGAUUGUAUAGAUAAAUCUUUGGUACUCCGUCUAAACAUAAUGUUAUCUGGGUUCUUAUGUCUCCAAAUUAUAUACAACACCUAACCGUAGACAUAUAUUCCUUAUAUCACAAACAGAAUUGCUAUCUUUAGGAGGCCAUCUAUCUAGAUUAUCAUGUAAUACUGUAUUAAUCUCCACCCCAUAUUAUUUUGGCCAAUGGAAAUGUACACAUAGUUUCACUUAUUUUCCUCUCAAUGUCUCUAAAUAAAAUAGUUACUUGACUUUUUAUUGGAAGCAUAAGUAUUUACAACAAUGAAUUGAAUGUGGGUGACAUUUAUACCAAUAGUAUAACCCCUGUAUUACCUGCUUCAUGACUCAAUAUAUGACCCUUACAGUUGCCUUUUAAAAUAGCGACCCCUGCUGACCGAUUAGUAGCAAAUAUCAUUCUGGCAUUGACACUUCCAAAACGCAUGUGGAACAGACAUGAUUCAAACUGUUUUAGAAACUUCAGUGUUUUAUAUCCAAAUCUACGAAUAAUAUGCAUAUCUUAUAUUCUUGGCAUGAGUAGCAGGAAGUUGAAAUUGGGCAUGCUAUUUAUCCAAAAGUGAAAAUGCUGCCCCCUAUCCCAAAGAGGUUUUAAGGAUCAGACCCUUUUUUUCAAUUUUUGCCAAAAAUUACAUAACCGAAUCUAACUGUCUAGCUCAGGACCUGAACCAAGGAUAUGCAUAUUCUUGAUACCAUUUGAAAGGAAACUCUGAUGUUGAAGUUUUUGGAAAUGUGAAAUUGCUGUAGUAGAUUAGACACAUUAGAUCUAGUAAAAUAUAAUAACAAAAAAAAACGAAAACACAAUGUGUAUAUUUAGAGUUUAAGUCAGACACCAUUUUAGUCAGGACAAUCUCCUCAUUUUUUCCCUACUUCCUCAUUACGUAGACGAGCUCAGUUGACACCAUCAAGGUACGAUUUGUUUACUUUCUACACAAGUAAUUUUUUUCAGUUUCAUCCUAAGAACAGAUUGUAGUGGUAAAAUAGAAAGGAAUUUAAAAAAAAAUUCUGCCAUUUAGGGGAAAUGGAAUUCUAAGCAUCACUUCAGUCAGAGGCUCUGCGACGGUUUGUUUCAAUUAAAUUUCUAUGGCCUGCGCUAGUGUUCCAAGCUCAGCCAACAUUGUUUGGCCAUUUUUCAAGCCUUUGGUGAGUUUUGACUCGUUCUAUUGUCCAGCCUAGUUCUGGUGUUGUAACGUUACUUCGUUGUAGAGAAUCUUCUCAGGAACACAACACUUCGUGAGGGUAGGACUUUGCUUAGAUCUUAUUUUUAAGUUAUCGGAAAAGGUCGCAGACAGAUCAAUGUUAAUCAUGAGUCAAUAAUGGCGUCAAAUCACGUGUCUGGUUUCUUAAAUUAAACGCGUUUUGACCAAGGCAAAGAGUUGCUACUUUGAAGCAUGUCAAAUAUAAAAUAUAUUUCAAGUUUUGUUACUAAAUGAUUGCAUACGUGUUAUUUCAUAGUUUUGAUGUCCAAACUUUUCACUUGUACAGUAUAUAUCUAGCUAUGGCUCUACAAAAAAAAUCCUGGUCUACAAGCAGCCUAUCACUGACGAAUUGGGGUCAGCCCUACUUCAAAGGCCCGACCUGAAGGUAACAGAUUACAAUCUGCUCCGACGUCACAACUGCGAUGGUUAGGAAACCCCACUGUGUCAUUCCACCCAGCCCUGUGGCCACCUGAUUGAGCUUGGUGUGUGUUUGCCUUCCCCUCAAAGACAAUGUACUGCCUUCAGUGGUUGCUCCCAGUUCUCCUCAUCCCGAAACCUCUGAACCCGGCUUUAUGGUUCAACCACUCAAUGUUCAUGGGCUUCUACCUGCUCAGCUUCCUGCUGGAGAGGAAGCCAUGUACCAUUUGUGCCUUAGUGUUCCUGGCAGCUCUGUUUUUCAUCUGCUACAGCUGCUGGGGGAACUGUUUUCUUUAUCACUGCCAUGACUCCGCACUACCAGAUUGUGCACACGAUCCCAGCAUUGUGGGCACCUAAGAGGAUUCCCCCUGACGUGAUGCGCAGAUGGAUCCUGGACAAUAUGUAUCUAGGCUGUGAAUAAAAUCUCCCACCUGACACUGUCCAUGUGGAUAAACAUAGACUUCAUCCUGAUUCUCAUCCCCUCUGCCCUUC